AUGGACGUCCUCGUGCCACAAGUCCAUCGAUAUCUCAAGUGCUUCGAUCAGAACACCUCGCUGGCAUCACAGGCAGUUGACAAUACCGACGACAUGACCUACGAAAGACUCCCUCCGGGGACGCAGAGGAUCGAGGACCGAACAGGACAGAAGAUCCUGCUGGCUCCUCAGCCAAAUGCGGAUCCCAAUCAGCCAUUGAACUGGUCCGCCUUCCGCAAGUCUGUGCAUAUGAUCAUCCUAUGCUUUUAUGCCUUGAUGGUGUUUGCCAUCCUCUGCGUCUCGGUGCCCCUCUGGCAAGACUUCAACACCGAGCUUGGGAUGAGUUAUGCCGUUCUGAACGACGGGUACGCCACAAACAUGGCGACCCUAUCCGUUGGAUGCAUCAUCUUUGUGCCCAUUGCCCUUCGAAUCGGUCGAAGGCCAGUCUACAUAAUCACCGCGUUGGUCAUGCUUGGUGCUGCUGUGUGGCAAGGAAAGAUGUAUACUGUCGGAGACAUGAUUGGGGCCAAUGCCAUUUCUGGUCUUGCUGGUGCUGUCAAUGAAGCCAUCUUCCAGGUCACGGUAUCGGACCUCUUCUUCGUGCAUCAGCGUGGCACCAUGAACGGCAUUUACCUCGUCGUGGUGCUCGUCGGUAACUACCUGGGCCCGGUCGCCGCUGGCUAUGUCGCCGUGUCUCAGCAGUGGAGAUGGGUCUUUUGGUAUUGCACCAUCUUCAUGGGCGUGGUGACUCUGGCUAUGAUUUUCUUUCUGGAAGAGACCAAAUACACGCCACCGGUGUUGACUGGUCGGGAAAUUGUCAUCGCCACCUCCAUUGAACAGGAGGACAGCCUCACCAAAGUGCGCAGCACCAGCAAGGGCGGCAACACUCAUGGGUCUAUUUCUGUCGACGCCACCGAAGCCGCCAACAACGAACGUCGCCGUCUUGUCGACAUCGACACCUCGAUCCCCAUGAACUCGUACUGGAAACGUUACUCGCUGUGGUCACUGGACAAACAAGCAUCCACGGAGCAGCGCAGCCUGUGGAUGCACUUCUAUCAACCUUUCCACAUCUUGAUCACGUUUCCCGCAGUCAUGUUCACCGCGCUGCAGUACGGCUUCUCUAUUGCCAUGCUGGCGAUUCUGGCGGUGACGCAGGCGUCGCUGUAUCCAUUCCCGCCGUACAAUUUCACCCCGAUCGGAAUUGGUAACAUGAAUUUGCCGCCGGCCAUUGGAGCCCUUCUCGGUGCUCUCUUUGGCGGCCCUCUCAACGACUACUUCAUCCUGCAGGUUGCCAAACGGCGAGGUGGUAUCUACGAACCCGAGACCCGACUUUGGCUGUUCUUGGUGCCAGGAUUCUGCAUGCCUAUUGGACUGUUCAUGUACGGCUUGACCAUCGCCAAGGGAAUGGCGUGGCCCAUCAACGCUGUCGGGGCUGGGUUCAUUGGUGCCGCCAUCGGGGGAUGCGGUGACAUCUCUCUGACAUACUGUCAGGACUGCUAUCAAUAUAUACUCGGAGACGCUCUGACAUCCGUGGUCUUUGUGCGCAACAUCAUUUCCACCGCCCUCGUCUUUGCGAUCACGCCCUGGAUGACCAAUAUGGGGGUAUACAACAUGUUUGUCCUGCUGGGUUGUCUUAGCAUUGCUGUGGUAUUGACCUGCGUCCCGCUCAUUAUCUGGGGACGCAAAUGGAGAGCCCACUUCGCAGGGCGGUAUGAAUAUUUUGCUGCGAAGCAGUACUGA